GCUUAAAAAUCCCAGUAACCGGGCCAUAAAGUGUGUGUACAAAGAUAAUUAAAAUUGGCUAUUAACUUGAAAUUUUAAUUUGAUAAUUUAUGUUUUCUAAAUAUAAUAAUUAUAAAUAAUAGGUGUUAUUGACAAACUCGUACAGUAUCAAAAUAUAUUCUUUGUACAUUUAUUAUUGUUUAACAAUCCCUUAAAACUGAACUGUCGCGAAGCUAAAUAAACAUUGAUAACAAAAUAGGUACUUAACCUACAUUCUACAAGCAAAAGGCUUACCAUGGUUGCUUUUGUCGAUAUAAAAGGUUAUGAGGAUUUUGUUAAAUAUGUAGAGAGUUUGGACAUCAAUGGACCACCGGUUUUUGUAUAUUUCAGUGGAUCUAAGAACGCUGAUGGCAAUAGUUGGUGUCCAGAUUGUGUUGAAGCUGAACCUGUAAUAAAAUCAUAUUUUACUGAACUACAGAAAAAUAUAAUAUUUGUGUAUGUUGAUGUUGGUGAUAGAGACUAUUGGAAGAACAAGGCUUGCCCAUUUAGAACUGACAGCCGCAUAAAACUCAUGGUUAUCCCAACACUUAUUAAAUGGAAAGGAGUCCAGAGGCUUGAAGGUAGCCAAUGCAAUAAAAGAGAAUUACUGCAAAUGUUAUUUGAAGAUGAUGAAUAAUUAUAUAGUUUUGUAUAUAAUAACAAAUCAAAAAUAAUGUUUAUAGAUAAAAAUGGUAAUUAUGCAUUUGUAUUUAAGAGAAAUGUCCCCAGGGAUUGUGCUUGUUAUAUAUCAUAUUGUUACUGUCAAACUUACUAAUUAAUAAUAGUAUAAUAUUAUACUGUAAUGAAUAUCUGGCUCCGAAGAAGACAAUAUCUACCACUACCUAUCUUCUACCUUCAAUAAAUGAAUUAUAUUAUUUUAAUAA